CAGGUUGACUCCUCACUGCACUGUGAAAACCAUUAGGAAAAGGUCCUUGGGGUUAAAACCUGGGGCUCCACAGUGUUACCUGCACUUGGGGCUAGAAAUUAAUUUAAAUGGCGACUGAUCUGUCUGAAGCUGAACCCGUGCAUCAUAAGGCGCUUCCACUCUUAACGGGAGCUCAGCUCAUCCACACGGACAAGUUAAGUGAGAAGGUUGAAGACGACACGAUGCCCAUCCGCCGCUCCGUGAAUUCUUCUCCCCGGGAAACUCCUCCCAAAAGCAAACCUGCUGAAGGUGAAGAGGUCAAAGCAGAUGCAGAAGUCACCUCUGAGGAAUCUGCCUCUGUUGGAGAAGAACAAGAGAAUGAAACCCUGCCUGCUGCAUCCAGUGAAGCAGAACAGCCAAAGGAACCUGAGACUGAAGGGAAGGGGGAAACCAAGCCCUCAGAAGAAACCAAAAAGGAUGAGAAGGAUCAGUCUAAGGAGAAGGAGAAGAAGGUGAAGAAGACAAUUCCUGCCUGGGCUACUCUUUCUGCUAGCCAGCUAGCUAGAGCACAGAAGCAGACUCAGAUGGCUGCCACCUCACGUCCCAAAAUGGAUGCUAUUUUAACUGAGGCCAUCAGGGCGUGCUUUCAGAAGAGUGGUGCAUCCGUUGUUGCAAUACGCAAAUACAUCAUCCACAAGUACCCUUCCCUGGAGCUGGAGAGGAGAGGCUAUCUGCUAAAGCAAGCCUUGAAAAGGGAGCUGGAGAGAGGAAUCAUUAGGCAGGUGAAAGGAAAGGGAGCUUCUGGAAGCUUUGUGGUGGUGGCUAGUGCAGGAAAAUCUGUUCCAAAAGCCAGAGACAGAAAGAAGAGCACUUCCACUUCGGCUGCAGAGCAACAAGUCAAGCUGGAAGAUAUCCUGCCACUGGCUUUCACCCGCCUUUGUGAGCCGAAGGAAGCUUCUUACAGCCUCAUCAAGAAAUAUGUGUCUCAGUAUUACCCCAAACUCAAAGUAGAUAUAAGGCCACAGCUGUUGAAGAAUGCCCUGCAGAGAGCUGUAGAGAAGGGCCAGUUAGAGCAGAUCACAGGGAAGGGAGCGUCUGGGACAUUCCAGCUGAAGAAAUCAGGGGAGAAGCCCCUGCUGGGUGGGACUCUGAUGGAAGACGCCAUCCUGUCUGCUAUUGCGGCCAUGAACGAACCGAAGACCUGCUCCACCACAGCCCUCAAGAAGUAUAUCCUGGAAAACCACCCAGGGACCAACUCCAACCUCCAGGUGCAUCUACUGAAGAGAACCCUGCAGAAAUGUGAGAAGAAUGGCUGGAUGGAGCAAAUUUCUGGAAAGGGCUUCAGUGGAACCUUUCAGCUUUGCUUCCCUUAUUAUCCUAGCCCAGAUGUGCUCUACCCAGAGAAGCAGCAGGAUGAGGACUCUGAGGAAUCCGAUGAGGAAGAGGAGGAAUCUGAGGAGGAAGAAGAAUCUGAAGAGGAAGAGUCUGAGGAGGAAGAGCCACCACCAAAGAAGAGGAUGCAGAAGAGGCCACCCCCAAAAUCACGGAGCAGGGCCCCUCCGAUGAAGCGAAGAGAGUCCAAACCCAAGCCAAGGAAAACCCCCGCCGCCAGCCGGGGCAAAGCAAAGCCCCCCACCAAGGUUAAAACCCCUGCUAAGAAAGCCAAACCAGCAGCCCCAGCCAUCAAGAAACCCUCUGGUGGCAGCUCUAAGAAAGCAGCAGCCAGCGGGAGGAAGGAAGUGAAACCCUCUGCCAAGGGCAAGUCCACCAUGAGGAAAUCUCUCCGGGCAAAAAAGUAA